AGGGUCACUUCAGUAAUAUCAGACAUUCACACCAAUUGCUAUUAAACGGUCCCCAUUCUACUACAUAAAGUCUUCGGCAUCAGUUUAGCUCGAUCUUCGACUUCGAAGCUUAGAACAUAGUGGAAAAGGAGAGAUUUUCCCAGAAAAAGAAUGUUGUUCUUCUCAUACUUCAAGGACUUGGUAGGCAGAGAAGUGACUGUGGAGCUGAAGAACGAUCUGGCUAUUCGAGGCACUCUUCACUCGGUCGAUCAGUACCUCAACAUCAAGCUCGAGAACACUAGGGUUGUCGAUCAAGACAAGUAUCCUCACAUGCUUUCAGUGAGGAACUGCUUCAUCAGAGGAUCUGUGGUGAGAUACGUUCAAUUGCCGCCAGAGGGAGUUGACAUUGAACUACUUCAUGACGCCACAAGAAGAGAAGCUCGGGGUGGCUAAAAUUCCCUACUCAUAAUUCACUGUAAUAUUUUUUUUUAAUAUUAUGACUGGAUACAUUUGGAUGUAGUAGUUUUCCUGUUUUGAAAUAGCCUACUUUUGGUAUUCCAAUGACAAAAUUUCUACCAUGUACUCGUAUCCUCGGAAUAGCUUUUUAUUAUGGAAUAUUUCAUCUAGUUUUUCUGGGUAAUGGAAAAACUUGAGUUUCUCUGUUUCGAUGGA